AAGUCGGCGCGCCAAAAGCCCGCUGCAUCUGCUACUAAGCGCCCACUGUCCGAUUUUAAUUUUUUUUGCCGCGACGCACGCAAACUUGUUGUUGAGGCACAUCCAGAGUACACAAAGGAGCAAGUCAACAAGGAGCUUGGCAGAAUAUGGUCGAUUUUGGACCACAGCUCACGACAAUAUUACCGCGAGAUGUACGCUCAAGACAAGCAGCGCUAUUCGCAAGACAUUGCG